AUGUCUUCCUCGGUGUUCUUCAAGUUCAAGUCGCAGAAGGAGCCCACUAGAGUGGAAUUUGACGGCACAGGUAUCUCAGUCUUUGAACUCAAGCGUGAGAUCAUCAACAAGAGCGGAUUGGGUGACGGCACGGAUUUCGACCUUUAUAUUUACACAGACGACAACAGUGAAGAGUACGAUGAUGAUACCACAAUUGUUCCCAGAUCGACGACGGUGAUUGCUCGGCGACAGCCGGCCGUGAAGCCUGGCGCUGGACGAGCCGCUCGAUAUGUCUCAGGCAAAAUGCCCGUAGCGGCCAAGAAUGCCGGCCGAAAGGAACAGUUGACAAAGGUCUCGGCCACCAAGCCAAAUACGAAUGCUUUUAGCCAGAUGAACGAUGCCAUGACGGAGGAAGAUCGAAUGGCCGCUAUGUUUGCUGCCCAAACGGAGCAGUGGUCAGCCCAACAAGAAGAGUUGUCUCACCAAGCACCGGUACCUUUCGGCAAGCCUGGCUCCAAGCGGCCGGCGAAUGUUCCAGACCAUGACCCUCCCAACGGGUACAUUUGCUAUCGAUGCGGAAACAAGGGCCAUUGGAUCCAACUGUGCCCAACCAACGAUGAUCCCGAUUUUGACAACCGACCUCGUGUCAAGCGCACAACAGGCAUUCCUCGUUCAUUUCUGCAAAAGGUGGAUAAGUCUGUCAUUUUAGCUCAAUCGGAAGGUGAUGAAACCAAACGGCCCUCAGGAAUCAUGGUCAACGCUGAGGGAGACUUUGUCAUUGCUGAGCCAGACAAGGCAUCUUGGGAGCAAUUCCAAGCCAAGGCCAAGUCCUCUUCCGCCGCGGCCAAGACGGCGCAGGCGGAGGACAAGGAAAUGCAAGAGCGUGGUCUCGAAUGUUCAAUUGACAAGAAGAUGUUCAUAGAGCCAAUGAAAACCCCGUGCUGCCAGAAGACGUUUUGCAAUGACUGCAUAACCAAUGCACUCAUCGAAAGCGACUUCGUCUGCCCUGCUUGUCAGACUGAAGGUGUGCUAAUAGAUGAUCUCCAGCCUGAUGAAGAAGUGUCAAAGAAGAUUCAAGAGUAUAUUAAGGAAAAGGAAGCUGCCAAGGUCACUCCCCCGUCGUCACCAAAGGGCAACUCGGAAGAAGUGCCAGGCACCUCGGAGAAUGAUCAAGCUAAAGACGCAGCAAAUAAAGAAGAAACUGGAGCAGACGCUGCAGAGGACAAGACGAGGCGAAAGAGCAUCGAGUCUUCAGAGCAGAAACCCAACUCACCAGCUACAGAAUCAGUCGCUUCGGCAUCCAAGUCCCCCUCAGCCGAGUCAAAGAGUCUCGUUCCCAGCUCUCAGGCUGCAGAUGGCAAGACCGAAAUAGUCAAGGCAGAAGAUGCCGUUUCGAAGAAGAGGCCCGCUGAAGACUUCCUAGAGAAUCCCAAGAUACCCAAAGGACCCCGCGCCAUGCAGAACCAACAGUCGCAAAACAUGAUGAACGGCAACAUGAUGAACGGCAUGCCCAACAUGGGUAUGAAUAACAUGAUGUUUAAUGGAGGCAUGGGCAUGAUGCCGAACAUGAUGGGCAUGGGCGGCAUGGGAAUGAAUAUGGGCAUGAACAUGGGCAUGAACAUGGGCAUGCCUAUGCCUAUGCCUAUGAUGAACAUGCCCAUGAUGGGUAUGCAGGGCUUCAACAACAUGAAUGGGGGAUACGGAAAUAUGAAUGGGGGAGGAUAUGGUAUGAACAACAUGAACGGCAUGAACAAUAUGAACAACAUGAAUGGCGGCAUGAUGAACGGCUUCCAAAAUGGCGGCAACUUCACGCAAGGAGCCGGCGAAGACGAUGCCUAUUUCCGAAAGCCUGUCAACCCCCAUCGACACCAGAACAAGCAACGCAGAGUCCGGCCAAGCGAUUACCGAGAGCUUUGA